AUGGAUGCAACUCGGGGUCCUUCUAUAUCCGACGCGCAGGACGCCUCGCAGUCCUCUCUCUUCACGCGACGGCACAAGUCUUUUCCAACACAGUCAACGAGAUCUGAAGAUCUCUUCUCCAUCGAUCCAGCAUCCCCUGAAGUAAUUAACUCUUUGAUCUCCUCACUUUCUUCCAUAGCAGUACCUGUCCAAGACCAUUUUGAUGGCGUUCUGUCCGGCAGAUCCCAUACAGUUCUUUCCUCUCCUGGUUAUGCGACGACUCGGAAUUCCAUUGACCAUUUAUGCAACGGUUCGUCAGAUUAUUUUUCGUCAAAAGAGCAUGGCCUUCGAGCGGCACACCAGACUUACAAGCACCUCAAUGAGCCAACGGAAGGUCCCUUCCUUCAUCCGGACGAUGCCGCCAUCGCACCCGUCGUCCGUAUGGCCAGGGCUCCAAUGUCUCCCAAGUCGCCCAAGUCAAAACAUUGCUUUCAUUCAGAGCUUUCCACAGGAAGGCCGGCUUCGAGGGCAUCGUAUGCGUCUUCGCAGAUAGCCGGUGAUGGAGACUCGACAUUUGGGAUGAUCAGCGCAGAACCUGGACCACGUCUUUCAACCGCUGCCAGCAUCGCUUCAUCAAGUUCUGGCGGGAAAAGGAGUAGCCUCAAAAGCCCACUAGGGUUGUUGAAGAAAACAUCGCGUGAAUUUGCUCAUGAUAAACAGAGACUGGCUGACCGUUUGAAGAAAAGAAACAGCUACAAUGACAGCCUGAGGUAUAACUCCCCUCGCAACGGGGCCAGUCUACGUUCUAUGCGUUCUAUGGCCGACCUCGCAGAGGAAGGCCGGUCCAACAGUUCUGCGGUGGGGCUGCCUAAGGGGAAUACAGCGAGCAUGCCAUCAAACUCGGAACCACAGUCUCUGUCAGCACUCGCACCGGAGGGUCGAAGCAACACGCCAGUGAGUAUCACAGCUGGCAGGGUCAUUCCCACUCGGGAUUCGUCUUUGCGGCAUAGUUUUUCCAAUUCGAGGAAGCCCAGAUCAAGUCGCCACAGUCGUUACUCUUCCAUGGGCAGCAAUGAAUUGGAAACUGCGAAAAACAUUUUUGACGAUGGCAGCGAAGCAGAGAAGAUUACGCGAAGGAUACAGGAACUAAAAGAGCAACAACAAAGGAUUAGGAGCGAGAACGAAGUGGGUCCUAGUUCUCCCGGAUCAACAAGGACAGUACCUAGCAGGCAAGCUAGGAACUCUCAAACUCGAAGUGAAAUUAUUGACUGGGAACCCUUGUUGGAGAACGUUGCAGAUGGAGCGAACGGUGACACGGCAAUUUCCGAGGAGAGUGCCCCGUCGCCUGCUGUUAUGACGGGGAGAAGUAGAACCCAUAACGUACCUCAUGACUCUCGCUCAUCGAUGAGCCAAUCCCCUCCCGAAAAGAAAAGUUCCAGAUAUUCCCUGGAGCGUUCCAAUUCUCUGAAUACAAAACACCAUAGACGGCUUCCGUCCAAUCCAGUGCCCUCAAGCCGCGCCUCUUUGGGGGAGGGACGGCCAUCGAGUGCCGAUUCUAUUGAUGAAGCAGUUCUGGCGCAUUUAACUUCCUCGAAAUUUACCCAGAAAGUGACCCAUCCCACUACCGGUCGUACAAUAGCAUUCUCUGAGGUUGGAGACCCUAAAGGUCACGUGGUGCUUUGCUGUCUUGGAAUGGGCGUUACGAGGUAUCUGAUGGCUUUUUACGAUGAGUUGGCGCGAACUCUGCAUCUCCGACUGGUCACUUUGGACCGCCCUGGAAUUGGAGAGAGCGGUCCUUACCUCGAUGAAUUGGGUACACCUCUUUCAUGGCCCGACGAUGUUGCAAUUGUUUGCAAUCACCUUAAGGUCACCAAGUUUUCUAUCCUUGCGCACUCUGCUGGGGCGAUAUAUGCGUUGGCGACAGCUUUGAGAAUUCCACAACACAUUCGCGGUCGUAUUCACCUUUUGGCACCUUGGAUACCUCCUUCUCAACUAUCUAGCAUUUGUGCCCAAAAGGUACCUGUGCCCAGCAAUGCUGUCCCAUACUCGCAAAGGAUCCUCCGUGCUUUACCCCCAUCCGUCCUGAAAGUUGCCAACGCCAGCUUUUUGACUGCUACGAGCGCUAGCAUCACUGCAAAUCUACCGAAAUCCUCCCGCAGAAGUAGACGAAAACCCUCCGGGAAGGAUUCGUCUACUCAUGCAGGGGCUAAGUCAAGCAACACCCAAAGUGUUAAAUCCGAAGUACGAGACGAAGAGACUGCCCCCAAGACAUCUCGAACAACCAAGACUCCAACCACAUCCGAUGGCUCAACCACCAAUACUGGAAAUACGAAGCGGGAAACUCCACUCGCUACUUCUGAGGCACCUGAGGCCCGUGAGCGCCAGAUAGACUAUGAUACCAGGCUUACUUACAAGAUUUGGCAGCUGGCAACCACGAACGCGAACCCAGCAGUCGAUCUCCUCGUUUGCUUGGAACGCCGCCAAGAAAUUGGAUUCCGGUACGCCGAUAUUACUCGACCUAUUAUUGUCCACCAUGGAAGUCGAGAUACUCGUGUUCCUGUCGAUAAUGUCCGCUGGCUGGGCAAGACGAUGAGGCGAUGCGAAGUCCGAAUUCUCGAGGGGGAAGGCCAUGGGCUGAUGGCAUCAGCCCCCGUGAUGAGUGGUGUCCUGACGGAGAUUGCAAAGGAAUGGGAAGACUGGAUGAAGUUAGUCCAAGGAAAACGUAGGGCGACAGUCAAUCACGCAGCACGAUCAGCUCCUUACCCCGCCCUUCCUGAAGCCGCUGCAGGUCAUGUGGUCUUCGGUGGCUUUGUUUGA